AUGAUAGGACGUCCGUCUAUCGAAGAAUUUGAAAGUAGAGGAUGGUACUUGUCCGAAGAAGGAAUCGAGCUGAUCUCUGCUGAAAAUGAAGGGCUAAAGACGAUAGAGGACUAUAUUAAUUAUGCCAAGGAUAUCGACCUUUGCUCUUUAACCGUUCAGGGCUUCAACAAAACAAACGAAAAAUUAAAAGAAAUUCCUAGCCCGGUUGUUCUUCAAGUAAUAGAAGUUCGUAAUAUCGCAACACCUUCUGUCAAUCAAAGUGACAAACCUAGAUUACUGCAGGUCAUAUUGACUGAUGGAACAAGGCGAAAAUUGAAAGCAGUAGAAAUGAACGGACGAGUGGAAUGCUUAAAACCUCAAACGCCUCCUGGUACAAAACUUUUAGUGACGAAGCCUAUUCCUAUACAAGACAAUAUACUCUUGCUUGGACCAGGCAUGCUAGAGAAUCUAGGAGGACACGUUACUGAGCUUGUGCAAGCAUGGAGAGCUGGAAAGAGUCAUCGUGGAAGACGAUCACAGGAGAAACAUGAAGAGGAUGGUCCACCCAUGUUUGUACCAUUCAAAGUGAAGUCAAAGACUGAAAGAAGUAAUAAGAAGGUCAAAGAAGAACAGCAAACUGACAUCGAUUCAACUGAAAAGAGGGAAAAGAAAGAAAAGAGAGAAAAGAGAGAAAAGAGAGAAAAACAGCCCAAAAGAGGCAAGAAGGAGCCAGAGUCAUCCAACGAAAGGAUAGUUGAGGAUAAAGAAAAGACAGGACGAAAAGAGACAAAGAAAAGACAGGAAAAUAAAGAAAAAACAGUAAAAAGUAGUAGCAAAAGGAGAUCUAAACACGCUGAAGAGAGCCUAGUUGAUCAAAAACAGAAUGACAAGCCAGAAAAGAAUGCUGAAAUUAAGAAAGGGGAUGAAAAACAAGAAGAAGGUGCCGAAGAAGAAGAAAAGCAGAGUGACAAACAAGAAAAGAGUGGCAAGGCAAAGUCUAAAAAGAAGCAAAAGGUAACUGGACAAAUAAAGCCUAUUGAGCAGACAAAAUCUGCAGAGCAGAUAAAACCUGAUGAAGGCGUAAAGUCUGCUGAGCAAUCAAGCAAGAAAGACGAGGAGCAUCAAAAGGAAAAGCUGAUCAACAAGAAGAAGAUAUCAUCACGAAAAAAGCCCUCACAAGAAACAACAGAGUCGACAAAAGAGCCUUCAGAGGAUGUGGAGCAACAAAAGGAUGACAGUCAAGCUGAUGCUCAAAAGCCAGCAGAGAAGCAAGAAAGAAAGAAAAAACCAAGAAAGCAGAAGGCUGAUAAAAAGGAUGUCGAAAUAGAAGGAGAUAAAGAAAAGAAGAAGGAUGAUAAGCAGCCUGAGGAAAAACAUGAUGGUGAUAAAAAAAAUAAUGAUGAAAAAAGUGAAGAAAAGGAACCCAAAUUUGUUACAAAGAAGAAGAUUAAAAAGGAUAGCAAGCUAGAGGAGAAACAAGAUGUGACAGCAGGUUUAGAUGCCCAAGGCAGUCAACGACCAAGCACUAAAAGAAAGCCAAAAGAGCGAAAGCAGACUGAGACAAAGCCGGGCGAAGAAAAGGUGAAUGAAGAUUUAGCAAAUCAAGCCGAGCUAAGACCCAAACCGAAAAGAAAACAAAAGCAGCCUGUGAAUGAAGAUGAAAAGGGAGAAACAUCCAAGCUAAGUCAAGAUGAAAAGGGCAAAAGAAGCAAAAACGUAAAGAAACCGAUAAAGAAGGAAAGGAGGGAUAAAAAGGUCCAAAAAAUAGAAACCGAUAAUAGAACAAUAGAUGCGACUGAACAAGGUCAACUCAAGCUGAUGACCAAUGAUAACAACAGCCGUCAUGGAGACACUAGUAGCAUCCAGCCACUAACAGCAAAUGAGGAAGAGCAUCAAAAGGAGUCCAAAUUAGAAGAAGCCUUCAUAAGCUCUCCAAAGAAUGAUGAACAAUUGAAGGCUUACAAUAACUAUCAGCAGCAGUUACAGCAAACAUACAACUAUCAUCAACCGCCACCCUAUGCAUCACAAGCUUCUACACCUUUACAGAAUGGAUAUUAUUACCAGCCGCCAUCACAGACAUACUCUGUGGAUUACAGCAUGAUGAUGCCUGUCUAUCCUAAUGCAGGUAUGCCACAAGGCGUCUAUGGUUAUCCUACACCCGAUCCUCAACAACAGUAUAUGCAAGUGUACUAUCAGCAACCAUAUUAUGGCAAUAAUUAUCAACCCUACUAUGACCAUCACAGUUAUUAUAAUACAUUUAAUCGAAAAUAA